CGGGGGGCGGGGCUUGCGUCGUGGCGGGGCAGCGGCUUCCGGUCUUCGCGGCGGCGGCAGCGGGACGGUGGGGACGGUGAGGGAAGGUGCAUCCGAGCCACCAUGACCAUCGCGCAGCUUCUCCUGUGCCUGUCUCUCUCCAUGCUCUGCAUCUCCAGCAAGCCCACGGAGAAGAAGGACCGGGUGCACCACGACCCGCAGCUCAGUGACAAGGUCCACGAUGAUGCCCAGAGCUUCGACUACGACCAUGAUGCCUUCCUGGGUGCUGAGGAGGCCAAGACCUUUGAUCAGCUCACACCGGAGGAAAGCAAGGAGAGACUCGGAAAGAUUGUAAGUAAAAUAGACGCCGACAAGGACGGGUUGGUAACGGUGGAGGAGCUGAAGGCCUGGAUUAAGUUUGCCCAGAAGCGCUGGAUAUACGAGGAUGUAGAGCGGCAGUGGAAGGGGCACGACCUCAAUGAGGACGGCCUCAUUUCCUGGGAGGAGUAUAAAAAUGCCACCUACGGCUACAUCCUAGAUGACCCAGACCCUGAUGAUGGAUUUAAUUACAAACAAAUGAUGGUGCGAGAUGAACGACGCUUCAAGAUGGCUGACAAGGAUGGAGAUCUGACUGCCACCAAGGAGGAGUUCACUGCCUUCCUGCACCCUGAGGAGUACGACUACAUGAAGGACAUCGUUGUGCAGGAGACCAUGGAGGACAUUGACAAGAAUGGGGAUGGCUUCAUCGACCUGGAGGAGUACAUAGGUGACAUGUACAGCCAGGAUGGGGAUGCUGAUGAGCCCGAGUGGGUGAAGACGGAGCGGGAGCAGUUCGUGGAGUUCCGAGACAAGAACCGUGAUGGCAAAAUGGACAAAGAGGAAACCAAGGAUUGGAUCCUCCCUUCAGAUUAUGACCAUGCUGAGGCGGAAGCACGGCACCUUGUCUACGAAUCUGACCAGAACAAGGAUGGGAAGCUGAGCAAGGAGGAGAUUGUGGAGAAGUACGACCUGUUCGUGGGCAGCCAGGCCACGGACUUCGGGGAGGCCCUGGUGCGGCAUGAUGAGUUCUAGGCGCCGCGCCGCAAUGCCGCUCCCCACCUAAUUU